AACCCGCCCCAAACUAGAGUGUCAUUCCCAACUCGCAAUUCUCAUUCCCAUUCCGAAUGAAUUGAGCUGUUGUGGUAAGAAAGCUCAUGAGAUGGACAGGGAAUUAGUAAUAGCAACCAUUGUGCGGCUGGACACUCUAUUGAAUCUGCUGAGCGGUUUGGUGAAAAACGACAACAUCGGAAAAAGAAACCCAGCUGUACCGCUGGGCCUGUUUCUGAAGGCAGUCAUACUUCCAUGUUGUCUGAUUGCUCCCCUCAAAACCAAAACAUCCUUGGACGCGCCAUUUUCACAGUUCAGUCUGAUGGAUUGAAACCAGCUUAUUUCUUCACCUUUAUGCCGGAGCCGGUACUAGUACCAUUCCCACAAGAUCCUCACCAUCGCUGUGGGAAGCAUGAUCGAUCGAAGUCGGUUGGACCUCCACCCAACAUUUUGGGAAAGCCACGAUUGUACUCGUCCGAGAACAAUGCACUUUUGGUGCGGCUGAAGGAGCGAGAGGGAAUGUCUUGGUCGGAGAUUGCUCAGCACUUCCCUGGUCAAAAUGUUUCAUCACUUCAAGUGCAUUAUUCAACUAAAUUACAAAAUAAGGCCGUCACUUGUUCGCGAAAUCCACGAAGACGCUGAGAGUGGAAAUCUUGGCAUCAUUUUUCUUCACGUCCUAAUCGCGAGAAAUCCAGUGAGUCAAAGAUGGCACAGCUUGUCUCAACUGGAUUCCUUCAUUCUAGAGGUAUCAUCAAGCUGUACCUUUUUCACACCUCUGUAUCUUGCUUUACACACAAAAUGACGACAAACGUGGGAAGUAUCUAGCACCAGCAAUCAGAUAGAGCCAAGUCGCGAUGUCAGCAACACAACCAACAGCAGGCCCAACCUGUUCCUGAGAGCCUCUGAGUACUGGCUUGAGUGCCAUGUGGAUAGAUGCUCAGAACUGCUUUAUGUAUAUUUUUCGCUUCUGACAACGCUACUGUAUGAUACAAUCAAUUAAUUUAAGAAACCAACCGUCUCCCCCGGAAACUGUUGGUAUUGAUCAUUUCCAGGACCCGACGGCCCAACCAAACACCAUGGCCACAUCAACGGGCUUAGCCCAAAGCAAAGCGAUUUGGGAGUG